CUCCCGAGGGCGUCUCCGUCCCUCGUUUCCGGAGUUGUGCGCGGCCAUGGCGGUCGGAGGCGCCGAUGCGAAGGCGGUGGACGUGGAAGAGGAUGCUUCUCAACUUGUCUUUCCCAAAGAAUUUGAGACUGCCGAAACCCUUCUAAAUUCAGAAGUGCAUAUGCUUCUUGAACAUCGGAAACAGCAAAAUGAGAGUGCAGAAGACGAGCAGGAACUCUCUGAAGUUUUCAUGAAGACUUUGAACUAUACUGCUCGCUUCAGCCGUUUCAAAAACCGGGAGACAAUUGCAAGUGUACGCAGUUUGCUGCUGCAGAAGAAGCUCCAUAAAUUUGAAUUGGCAUGUUUAGCUAAUCUGUGUCCUGAGACAGCUGAGGAGGCCAAAGCUUUAAUUCCCAGCUUAGAGGGUCGGUUUGAAGAUGAAGAGUUGCAGCAAAUUCUUGAUGACAUUCAGACCAAACGAAGUUUUCAAUAUUAGAAGAAACAGCUAGACUUUGCUGUAGUCUGAACAGUGGUUUGGGGGAACACAUUUUUCCCAUGUAUCCCUGGGGCAAUAAUAGCUUUCUUUUAAUAGCGAAAGAAGCUGUUGCAGGAUCAUACAAUCAUGUUCUGCCAAGGACAUGUUUUUUAAAAAAAUCUGUCAAACAUUGACGAAGUUGGAAAUACUGAUGUGUAUGAGGCACAGAACUUUGGACAUCUGCUGUGGCUAGUUUAAUAUUCCAAACUUUGUCUUUAUCUUGGAUGUAUGCAGAAUGUUUUGGAGGUCAGAAAGACUAAAUGAAGGCACUAUUCCCCGUUUGAACAUAGGCUGGCUGAGGCGUUAAUCUUUACUCAUGUAACCUUAUGAACAUUGUAAUAUUAGGGUUGAAUUGAAUUCAUUUUGUUUAUUUUCUUUAUGUAUUAGAUUAAGAAUGUUCUUGUUCAGUCAUAAUUUUGUUCAAUUAUUUUGCAUAAAUUAAAGUACAUUGUUUUGGUUG